GGAAGCUUGCAACGCGAAUGCUGGUAAGCAACACUACUUAUGGCUCUUGAGUAUUUGCCAUAGACGCCUCAUCUCUUUCUCCUAUGCGCCUCCCUUGUUCGUGACCUCCUUCGCAGGACAUCUCCAUUCCCGUUCACAUCACAGGUGCCGAAAGCUCACCGCUCGUUCAUUGACGACCCAUCGUCCCGCCAUGGCCGACGAUACCUCCUCCUGGCACGCUGGGCCGGACGACUCCUUCCACGGCAAGAUCACUCUCAAUGGCCGCUUCGCACCCGAAGCCAACCGAUACCACCUCUACGUCGGAUACUUCUGCCCAUUCGCACAUCGAGCAAUGAUCGUGUACAAGCUGAAGCAGCUCGAGAAAUACGCCGGCAUCGAAAUGAGCAUCAUGAGACCAUACCCGAAAGGCGACGAGAACGGAUGGCCGGGCUGGAGAUUUAACGUCAAGGAGGAGGAAGAUCAGUACGAGGGAGCUACAGUGGACAAACUCUUCGGCAGCAAGUACCUGCACGAGGUGUACUUCAAAGCAGACAAGGAAUACAAGGGUCGCUACAGCGUGCCGGUGUUGUGGGACAAGAAGCUGAGUACGAUCGUCAACAACGAAUCGCAUGAGUUGCUGAGAGAUCUGCAGACGGAGUUCAAUCCGCUUCUUCCGCGAGAGCUGCAAGAUAUCACGCUGUAUCCUGAAGAUCUUCGGGAGGAGGUCGAUACCCUUGGUCAGCAGCUGCAACGAGAUCUCAACACUCGUGUCUACAAGACUGGAAACGCAACGACACAGGAGGACUAUGAGGAGAAUCUUCCUAUUGUGUUCGCCAUGCUGAACAAGCUGGAGAAAGUAGCUGCAAAGUCCGGCGGUCCGUAUAUCCUUGGCAAGCAUAUGACCGAGGUGGACGUUCGCACCUACGCUUCCUUAAUCCGCUUCGACACAGUCUACGUCCAGCACUUCAAGUGCAACCUCGGCAUGAUUCGCUACAGCUACCCCAUCCUUCACAACUGGCUGAAAAGCAUGUACUGGAACGAACACGCCUUCCGCAGCACCACCAAUUUCCGCCACAUCAAAGAAAAUUACACCAAGUCUCACUACCACAUCAACCCCCUCGCCAUCACGCCCGUCGGUCCGUGGCCGGAUAUCGAGAGUGGUGUUGAAGCGGACUGGAGUAAGUUGAGGGUCGGUGGCAUCGAUAUGCCGGCCGUGCUGGAGUUUGAGAGGACGCAGACGGAUCGUGAGUAG